AUGAUAGGGGGAGAUUUGUCUAAUCCCGUAGAUAAGUAUCUUAACAUCUUUGGAAAUUGCGCUUUUCUUAAAGAAUAUCCUUAUUUCCUUCUAUGUUUCGUGGCCGCUUCUAUUAGUUUUACUGGGCUUAUAAUAAGAUAUUUUAUAUUGCUGGAAACCCAAAAAUUUAAAAUUAAAGAUGAUGAUGAUGAGGGCAGAACACGUCUUAUUCCACCCGAACCUAAUCCGAUCAAGAAACAGUUGGUCAUCGAAACGAUUCCUUUCAUUGGUAUUUCACUCGUCACACUAAAUGUCAUUAUAAGCAAUGUCAUCCUUACACUUCACUCUAUAAUGAGUGAUGAGAUCUAUACAUUAUUUGCGGUAGCGAAAGUUCAUGAUGGGGGCAUUGAAUAUCAAGCAAUUGAUAUAGCUCAAAAUUUAAAGAUAAUGAGGAUGAUUCAUUUAUCUAAUCAAUCUAUGUAUAUCCAUGGAUAG